AUGGAGGGGUAUCGCGCGCGGUACGUCGUCCCGGGGAAGUUUGCGCCGUUGAAACACUUCAUGGUGGGCGUGUUCGCGUUGGCGUUCGGAUUGGAGACGUAUCAUCAUCAUAAGUAUCACGGACACGACGACGCGGGCGCGGCGGGGGGCGCGGGCGCGGGUGAGGAGGAGAAGAAGCCGGUGACGGCGGCGAGCGCGCGAGAGCGGGCGGCGCCGGAGCUGGACACGGUGCAGCGGGAGGUUGAGGAGCUCGGGGCGCGCGUGCGGGCGAUGCGAGCGGAGAUGAUGGGACGCGAGUAG